UUCUUUCUCUCCCUCCCUCCCUCUCUCUCUCUGUGCUUCCAUUUUCGUUGUCAUUAUUCUCUCUCUCUCUGAAUUUUCUUUUCUUUCUCUUCGCGUUUAGGGUUUCGUUUCCUUUACUUCAAAAUCAAAAGCUCAGCUUCACCGUUUCUGAGCGAAAUGGUGAGAAACGAAUUUUCGAAUUUCCUUUUCCGGAGUCGAAAUGACAACUCCGACGUGGUGAGCCGAAUGGCUUUCGUUUGCUGAGCUUCGCUGAAAUUAUGGAAUCUGAGAAUUUUUCGGUUCAGGAUUAAGUGUAGGUAGCGGUGAUACCUUCAAUUGGAAAAUUUCGAAGUUUGGAUUUCAUUUCCUUGAUGGGGAUGAUGGUGGCCAUGAUAUUGGCAAGGAGAGUAACGGUGUUGGCUGAUGUGAUGGGUGAAUCCAUGAAAAUAUAAAAAAUAUCUGUUUGAAUGAAGAUGAAUUUGUUUUUUCCUGCCAUGUUACGGAAUGCAAAUUUUAGUGCGUUUGAAUGAGGUGGGUUGAAGAGAUCUGUAUGCUUGCUAGAAAAGUAAUCCAGGAAUGGCUAUUGCUGGUCUACACAGUGUGUCUGUGCUCGACUCUUCUUUCCUGAGGGACUCCCGUUCCCAGUCAUCUGGGAGAGGUGGAGAUGGAAGGCGGGGAACCACCCGGUCAUCUUCGCUCUUGCAAAUGUGGCGAGAGAUUGAGGAAGAACAUGUGGUGAAUCAAGUUCAAGGAAGACCUGAUGAAGUACCUAUUGAACAAAGGAGGGAUGGGUUGGUUGCGGACCCUUCACAAGACAUCCAAGAAAGAAGGCAGCAGCAUGUUUUAGAAGAUGCAGUUUUGGGUGAGAAUGAAUCUGAAACAUGGUCACAGUCGCAAAGUCAGAAUGAAUCCCAUGAUGGUAACGAGGAUUUAAACAAUUCUAGCUGUGAUAACUCUUCUGACUUGGGAGAAGUUGAAAGGGAAAGAGUGAGGCAAAUUUUCAGAGAAUGGAUGAAUAGUGGCGCUAGGGAUCAUGCAUCAAACAUUUCUGGAAGAAAUAACGGUUCAAGGGGAGAAUGGCUUGGGGAAACCGAGCAGGAAAGGGUGAGAGUUAUUAGGGAGUGGGUACAAAUGAGUAGCCAGCAGAGAAGUGUUUCCUCUGGGGAAAACAGGGAAGAACCAUCUGCUGAAAUUGAUAUGCAAAUUGAACGUGUGCGUGAUGGACUCGUUGUUAACCAGAUUGGGGGCCAAACUGAGCAUACACGGAGGGGCAUACGUAAAUUAUGUGGCCGACAAGCUAUGCUUGAUAUGCUUAAGAAGGCUGAGAGAGAAAGGCAAAGAGAAAUUCAGGAGUUGUUGAACCAUCAGGCCGUGUCACAAUUCCCCUAUCGAAAUCGCAUUCAGGCAUUGCUUAGAGGCAGAUUCUUGAGAAAUGAUAGACCUGUUGAUAAUAACAAGCCCCUUUCUGUUGCAGAAAGUGAAUUGGGCUUCUUGAGGCGAAGACAAACUGUAUCAGGUCUAAGGGAAGGAUUUUUCUGUAGAAAGGAGAACAGUGGUUGCAGUCAAGCAACCAGCAAUGCAGAUACCUCAUCUAAUGUUGAAAUUGAUUUUAAUACAAAUGAACAAAUGGGAUCAAGCAGUUCACAUAUAGUCCCAAUUGUACAUCCUGAACAGUCUGACCCUAAUCACAGAGGAAGCAAUAGACUUGGGGUAUCAGGCAGCCAGAACUGCGUACGAGGUACCGCGUGUGAGAAUUUGGAUUGGCAAGAAUCUACUGCUCAAGCAGAUCAGUUGCAGCAUUUGCCAAUUGAAUCACUAGAUUGUCAAUCAUCAUUCAGCGCUUGUGUUGAAAGAGGGGACAACCCUGAGCAAAAUGUUGAUGUGAUGCCAACUGAAGAUGCUGCUAAUGAAAUUACCCAACAAAGCUUGCGAAUUGAAGAUUCAGAGCAUAGUAAUAAUCAAGAAUUCAGUGAGGUGCAUAAUGAGCCGUCUGAGCUGGGUGGUAUAAAUAAUAGUCAAAACAAUUCUUCAAAUUACAACAUUCAUAUGGAGGAUAAUGUUGUUGAUGAUGUAAAUUGGAAUGAAUCUGGUGCUCUAGAAGGAGAACAGCCAGAAGAAGUUUUUGAAAAUGAAGGAAGUGAGUGGUAUCAGAAUAAUACCGAAUGGAGAAAUAGCACUGAGGAAAAUGUCGAUGAUAAUCAGCUCAGCAAUACAGCAAAUGAGUGGCCUGACAACAGUUUGGCAAACGAGGAUGGAGAAAACUCUCGUCUGCAAGAAUCUCAUGAAGUGUGGCAAGAAGAUGGUGGCUUCCAAGAGGCUGUGGAAAAUUGGUUGGGAGGACCUUCUGAUCAUGAAAGUGCUCCAGUUGGUAGAAUUCGUGGAUUUUAUUUUCCUGAAGAUGACAACGUGUACAGUGUUGAACUCAGGGAACUUCUUAAUAGGAGAAGUGUCUCUAACCUCCUUCGCAGCAGUUUUCGUGAGAGUCUUGAUCAGUUGAUACAGUCAUAUGUUGAAAGGCAAGGUCAUGCUAACAUUGACUGGGAAUUUCAAGAAACAACUCCUUCUUCUGCCUCAGUAGAGCAGGACCUUGAGCAGCAUAGUAGGGAUCAAAUUGUUGGCCAGGAGGAGGUUACUGUUAGUCCACUUAACCUGCCCUCUUUACCUAUACCACCUCCUCUGCCUAUUUGGGACCAGCACCACCAUCGUGACAACUGGUCACAGAAUGACAUAAAUAAUCAGCGUCUAGUAAUCGAUUGGGAGAUUAUUAAUGACUUGAGAAUUGACAUGGCUCGAUUACAGCAAAGGAUGAAUAACAUGCAGAGAAUGCUGGAGGCUUGUAUGGAUAUGCAGCUUGAGUUGCAGCGAUCUAUAAGGCAAGAAGUUUCUGCAGCCCUAAAUCGCUCUGCUGGUUCAUCAGGAAUACAUGAUUGCGAGUCACCAGAAGAUAAAUCUAAAUGGGAAUGUGUGAGAAAAGGACUUUGCUGUAUAUGCUGUGAAAGCAAUAUCGAUUCUUUGUUGUACAGAUGUGGUCAUUUGUGUACAUGUUCAAAAUGUGCCAAUGAGUUGCUUCAAAGCAGAAGGAAUUGCCCAAUGUGUCAAGCUCCUGUGGUGGAGGUGAUACGUGCUUAUUCUAUACAAUAAUUUGACAUUAAUAUAAAGGUCACACUUUUAACAAAAUACAGGAUUCUAACAAAUUUUAUCUCCCGGACGUUUCCAGGUACUCUUUUUCGUAUUUUUUUAUAUAUAUAUUUCUUACUGUGAUUACUGUAUUUAUGUCGAGUGCACCAAUGGAACACAUGAUGGCAUUUUUUUGGGGCCAUGAUUCUCAUAUGAAUAAAAAAUGUAUGUCGUUUAUGAAGUUUCAGUUUUGCACUUUGUGGUUUUGGGGAUAGAGAUUUUCGUCAUUUUAAUUCUAGGUAGCUAGAUGGUGCCAUGGUGGUUAUAAACUCUUGGAGAUGAAAACUGUCUCUGCAUUAUUUUUGUGUUUGUAAUGUUGCUCUGAAGUUUUAAACUUCUGUUUGGGCUGUACACUACAUAUAUCAAAAUCAGAUUGGUUUUGCUCUGAA